AUGUCACAAGCUGGGAUAGUGCAAGUGCAACACAAUGGCACUUCCCUCUCACUUCCCUCUCACUUCCCUCUCACUUCCCUCUCACUUCCCUCUCACUUCCCUCUCACUUCCCUCUCACUUCCCUCUCACUUCCCUCUCACUUCCCUCUCACUUCCCUCUCACUUCCCUCUCACUUCCCUCUCACUUCCCUCUCACUUCCCUCUCACUUCCCUCGCACUUCCCUCUCACUUCCCUCUCACUUCCCUCUCACUUCCCUCUCAUGGAAAUGUGGACGGCCUUUACUCUCGAAGCGGCAUCCCAUCAAGCCAUUUACCAGAGCUGCAUGGGUUGGAGAGGUGCCUUGGAGUGUGGGGCGGGGUAUCUCUCCCUCUCACAUCCCCUCUACCCGUCCUCCCUCCCGUCCACCUCCCCUCCUCACCAGUGGACGGCCUUCAGUCGCGUAGUUGGCAUCACAUCAAGCUGCCUAUCAGAGCUGCAUGGGUGGUCAAGUGGGGUACCUUUCCCGCUCACCUCCCUCUCACUUCCCCUCUACCCAUACUCCUCCCCGUCCACCUUCCCUCCUCACCAGUGGACGGCCUUCACUCUAGAAGCGGCAUCCCAUCAAGGUGUCUCUCGGAGCUGCAUGGAUCAGUGUAUCGCGAGAGAUGCCGGGAGUGUGAGGCGAAAUGCCUUUCCCUCUCACUCACUCCCGUCCACCUCCCCUCCUCACCAGUGGACGGCCUUCACUCCAGAAGCGGAAUCCCAUCAGACAGUCUAUCGGAGCUGCAUGGGUGGUGGAGUGAGGUACCUUUCCCGCUCACCUCCCUCUCACUUCCCAUCUACCCAUACUCCCUCCCGUCCACCUUCCCCCCAACAGUAGACGGCCUUCAUUCUCGGAGUGGCAUCCCCUCUCACCGGCUAUCUGAGCUGCAUGGAUCGGUGUACCGGGAGAGUUGCCGUGAGUGUGGGGCGGGGUACGUGCGUCCGUUUGAUGUCACUGCUGCCAGAGGGUCCUCUGCAGCAGUGCGGGCUCGAAUGUCCGCAGGAGGAGGGGGCGGUGUGAAAGAGGAAAACCGAGAGGUGCUGGUGGGUGAGGGGAGGAAGAGGCAUGAACCUGGCAAGGCGAGUUUUGAGUUGACUCAGAAGUCAGCUCAGAUGUCCACAGGAGGAGGGGGCAAUGUGAAAGAGGAGAACCAAGAGGUGCUUUUGGUGCACUUCGGGGAGAGGAUAGACGAUGAGGAGCUGAGAACGGCGAGAGAAGCAAGCAUGGGCGCACACGUGGCGCUCUGCCUUGGGUCCUCCUUCAAGGUCCGUCUGAGUGGUGGCGGUCCCUUCAAGGUCCAUCUCUUCCUGCCGUUAACUGCUUUGCUCCCCUCACCCCACGAGGUGCCACCAGCCAGCAAGCUCCCCCGCCUGUCCACCCACUUGGUGCCACCAGCCAGCAAGCUUCCUCGCCUGGCAACCCACGCCGUCAUCAUCAACCUCCAGCGCACCCCUCUCGACCGCCAUGCUUCCAUCACCAUCCGAGCUCGCAUCGACGCUGUUCUCCCCCGCCUACUGCACCUGCUGCACCUUCCCCUGCCCGCUUACAACCGACACGCCGACCCCCUCCUUUCCCUCUCCAGCACUCCUCUCCACUCCAUCACACACGCUCCUCGCCUCCCCCUCUUUUGCACUCCUCCCCCUUCUUUGUUGCUCAAGCUAAGUACGCAAGCUGCAGAGGAAAAGGGAAAAGAGGUGAAUAGUGAUUCGCCUCUGAAGGUGCGUUUCUCCCUGCAGCACCAUCCAUGGCAUGCAAUAACGAGACAAUGUUCCAGGUGCUACAGGGGACAGCACCAGGCCCAUUCUCUUCUUGCACAAGGCAACGGGGACCAAGGGGAGGAGGAAGAAGCAGAAAGCUAG